UAACGUAUACGUAUAUGAUGGAAUCCAAACGAAGCAACGCACCAACAAUAACUACGUCGUCCGUCGCCGUCGGAGCGACGGACCAACCGAGAACGAUCGUCUCCUCGACAACUUUGUCGUCUUUCUACCGACCUAACAUGACGCCGGAUAAACGAAGCUGCCAGUCUAUUGUUUAUUGUCGAAUUUGUCACGAAGCAGACGACAGUACCGAGGAAUUAAUAGAUCCAUGCGAUUGCACCGGUAGUUUAGGUUUGAUACACACAAGUUGUUUAGAAAAAUGGUUAUCCUCGUCGAACACCGAUCACUGUGAAAUCUGCAAGUAUGCUUUUGUAAUCGAGAAAAAGAAGAAACCUUUGUGUCAGUCGUGUUACCAAUGGUGGAGCAGUAAAACUGCUUAUGGACCACAAGGAAUCACGGGCGAUGUGAUCUGUUUGAUAGUACUCACGCCCUUAUGCGUAGUGGCUACUUAUUUGUGUGGAAUUGGUGCGAGUGCAUACACACGACUCGGUUUUUGGGAAGGUAUUGGUCUCGCUGUACUUUGUUGUAUGCUUGUUAUUACAUUCUUUUUAUGGCUCAUCAUCACUAUUAGGUUUCAUUGUAUUUCGUUGAUACAAUGGCGUAAACGAAAUCCUGAUGUGAAGCUAGUCGUGAAACAUAAAUCGCAAACUGCUCAUAUAAAAGCUUAUUGGAUAAGCAGUAAUGAUAGAAACAACGAUAGAUCUAAUAACAAUCCUUUUACAUGCUUUCUCACCACUUUCGGAGACAACGACAAUUCCCUUUACAAUAUACAACAACAGAUGACAUUCGUUUAA